AUGUUUCUUCGCGCUCCUUCGUUUUCUCUCCUCGCGGCCCUCGCCGCCGUGUCCGAGGUCGCCACGGCCGCCCCCAGCUUCCCUUUCCCUCUCGUGAAGAGGGAGGCGUCCCUCGUAGACCGAGCUGUAGCCGUCUCUCGUCCCGCCGUCGGCAAUGUCCCCUACGGUUCUCAGAUCGUUUCGUGCACCUCCCCCGGCAAAAUCGCCCUGACCUUCGAUGACGGGCCCGGUCCCCUCACGGCCGGCAUCGUCGAUACCCUCGACAACAACGGCGUCCCGGGCACGUUCUUCGUCGUCGGAAAGAAUGGUCCCCACGGGCUUACCACCGGCAGUUACGAUUCUCUCAUUCAGCACAUGCACACCCAGGGCCAUCACAUUGCCAGCCACUCGUUCCGCCAUCCCGACUUCAGCACCAUCUCCUACGACCGGAAGAUCGACGAGCUAGAGAAGAACGAGCAGGCCCUGGCCAAGAUUCUCGGUGUUAUUCCCACCUACUUUCGCGCCCCUUACAGCUCGUGUGACGAUGAAUGCUAUAAGGCGCUUGGUGAUAUGGGUUACCAUGCCGCCGACUACGACCUCGACACCAAAGACUGGCUAAACGGCGGCUCCGACUCCAAGGCCCGCUACUCCGCCGCCGUCGAAGCCGCCGACCCCAACUCGUCGUCCUUCAUCGUCCUGGCCCACGACGUCCAGGCCUUCACCGGCAACGGAUUCGUCCAGUACAUGAUCGACGUCGGCAAAGAAAAGGGGUUCGAGUUCGUCACCCUCGGCGACUGCCUCGGCGACCCCUCCGGCAACUGGUACCGCAACCCGCAGUCCGGCGAAGCCAUCAGCGGAGGAGGCAGACCCGGUCCCUCCAGGCCCGACUCCACCGACGACCGGGAGCAGCAGCCCGCGCCGUCGCCGCACGCCAACAUCGAACUAGAGCCCGAGGAACCGCGGCCUGACGAGUCCAACGUCGCCACCGCGGGGAACGCCUCUCCCACGAGCUCGUCCUCCGAUGACACCGCCGCUUCUUCGUCUUCGUCUCCGUCUUCGUCUCCGUCUUCGCCUUCCUCUUCCUCUUCCUCUUCCUCUUCCUCUUCGUCUCCAUCUCCGACUCAGACCUCGUCUACCACCUUUGCCAGCGCCAGUUCCAGCGCCGCCGCGUCCGCCGCCGCUACCGACGAAUCCGAGUCCAGCUCGAAGCCCGCCUCGCAGAGUUCCGCUCCUGUCGUGAUCGACGACGAUAGCGCCGCCGCCCUGCCUCUGCCCGCACGCGGCGCGUCGGUCCUCGGCCUGCUCCUCGGUGUCGCCGCCUGGAUCAUGCUAUAA